AUGCAGGUUACUGAAGCACAUAUAUCCACUAAAUAUAAUAAAACCGAAGACAUUAAUGUCACAUCAUUAGUAACUCAAGAAUUUGGAUGUAUUAAGCCUACAAACUCCAGCAAUAUGCCACAAUUAGGUUCUCAUACAAAAAUAAACCUAACUAUAGCAAUCAAUGCUUCUCCUAAUAUAAUUUCUAAUAAUGCCGUUCAAGAUUGUGUAGACAAUGCCGUAAUUAUAACAGAUGAAAAUGCCGAAACCGUCAAGAAAAACGAAAUAAAAGCUAAUGAUACAGUAUUAAAAUAUGUUUACAAAAAGAAUGAUCAUAUAAGUUUACUAGAAAAAACACAAGGACAUCCUAAAAAUAGUCUUAAAAGAAGAAAACGAUCAUAUAAUAUUCAUAAUUCUACAGAAGAUAUAAAAGCACAUGAAAGCCAAAAUGCUCCUCUGAUAGUUAAUUACGAAACUUCUCACGACACUCAAAAUAUUUAUACAGCAGAACCUUUAGAAAAUCCCCAAACAGGUAAUGUCAUAAAAAGUUCCAACUUAGCAGAUUUUAAUAUAGAAACUUUACAUGAAAAUGUAGCCACACCAUUAAUAAAUAGCGACAUUCAUAGUAAAAAUCCUGAAAGUGAGUUGAUAAAAAAUAAUAAUAUACCUUUGAAACAAAAAAAUAAUGACGAAUCAGUUGAAAAUAAUAGUAACGAUAAUAAAGAAGAAUUAGAUGAAAGUAAUGAAAGCAGUGAAACAGAUAGGUACAUAAGUUUAGAUGGUAGUCCUCGUUCUAACAAGGCAUUCAAAAUCAACAAGAAAAGCCCAGAAAGUGAAGAAGAAGAAGAUUAUAAAAACCGCAGGUAUAGAAAAAAAGAUACUUCUGAAGAAGAAAGUAAACCAUAUAUAGAAGAAAACGAGAGCAAUGAGAAACAAUAUUACAAAGAAAGUAGUGAUAAAAAUGAUAACCGAGAUCAGACAAGUUAUGAGAGUGAUGAAAAUAUUACUUCUCAAAAUAAUCAGUCAACAGAAUCUCAAGAAAGCAAUGAAACUGAGGAAAAAAGUAAUCCUAACAUUAAUACUAAAUCACGUUUGAAAAAUGAAAGCGAUGAAAAUGCUUCAUAUAAAUCAUACGAAAAAGAAAGCAAUGAAAGAAAAGACACGGAUUAUUUAAAAAAAGAUAAUGAUAGACCGUCACAUAGAAAUAAAGAAAAUAUUAAAGACUUUGAAAAUAGUUCAGAAAAAAAUGUGAACAUAAAUAGGUAUACUGACGAAACAUCUGUAGAAAACAGCGACGAAAGUAAUGAAAGUAAACAAAAAUUUAAAGAGCCGUUAAGAAAUUACGAAAGUGAAAAUAAAAGCAUACCGCCAAUUAUUCAAGAUGUUGAUUUAGGUGAUUUUAGCUAUGAAAGAAUUCAACUAAACGAUAAAGGUCAAGUUGAACUAAGCAAAGACAAUGCUGGACAUAGUGAUGACAAUAAUAUUUCCAAAGAACUUACAUACCCAAGUACUUCUAAAUCAGAGAAAAAGAAUAAUGAAAAAUAUUCAUUAUCUAAAGAUAAAGGAACUAGCAGUGAAAGUACUGAAGAUAAGCAACCAAUACAUAUAAAUGACGGCGAAAUUAAACCUGUUGUAGAAAUUACUGGAGAAAAUAAUAGCGAGUCCAGCGAAAAUAUCAAAGAGUCGGAAGACAAAAGUCUAGAAACAUUUUUAGGUAUUAAAAAAAAUAUCGACAACAGUCAAAAAGAAAAAAUAGUUGUAAAUAAUGAAAAAGAAAUAGAAAAUGGUGACGUUAAACAACAAUUUGAACGAAUUCCAUUAAAUUACAAACAUGAUGAAAAGAAUAUACCAGAAAAUAACAAUAAUGAAGAAAUUAUACAAAACGAAGGUACAUUAGAUACUUUAUCACCUACAGAUCCACAAUAUGACAAACACUUAAAAUUUAAAUUCGACGACAUAACAAUAAAAUUACCGGAAAUAAAAUUACCUGAAGAUAUUUUAGACUAUGCUUAUGAUAAUUCUCCAUAUGACAAAGGUCUAAAAACUACAAAAAAGAAUAAAAAGAGUAAUAAGAAUACUAAACCAAGGUUUUAUAAUUAUGAUGACGAUUAUAAUAAAGAUGAAAGUGAAAGUCAAAAACAUAGAAAACAAGACGAAGAUGAUUAUGGAUAUUACGGGUAUUACGAUAACCCUAAGGAAAAAGACAAUUAUAAAAAUGAAAAAGAUCAACAAGAAGAUGAAAAUGAUGAUUAUGUAGAUCUAUAUGAAAAAUUUGUUCGAGAACGAUUCGGAAAAAAAGGAUCUUUUGAACAACGCUCUGAAAAAUUAAGAGAUGCAACACAAAUACCGGAAAAUAACAAAUUGUACCAAACAAUACAUGAGGUCCUUAAGAAAACACAAGACGUUCAAAAACAGGCUGAACAAAGUGGAGAUCCAAAUGCUGGAUAUAUGUGGACCCUUGAAUAUGGACAAAAUUUAUAAAAAUAAUAUAGCCAAAGUGGUAAACAUUAAUAAUUAAGUAGAUAUAGGCAAUAUGUCACUAGAUAUUUAAAUUAUAAAAAUGUUUAAAGGCCAUACAGUAUUUUGGAAAGUACUCAACAAUCUGUAAAAUAAUUAAGUAUAAGUAUUAAGAUUAUGGAACUAGUCGCAAACAGCUGAGCUUAAAAUACAUGUUUUACAAGGUAAUGACUACUCAUUAUCUUUGGUUUAAUUAAUAUCAUGGACUUGGGACUAUCUAUUAUAAAGCUAAACACCUACUUAUUGAAAUUAAUACGUAUUAUAAAACUAUACCUAGCUAUUAUUUUAUAAUGUAGAAGGUAGAAGCACUUUAUUUUUUAUUUUUUAAAUAUCUUUUUAAAAUUUGGCAA